AUGAACGUCUUUCAGUCCCUGAAGAGCAGCGGAGCUGAACUCAACAGCGUCGUUUACAACACUGUCCUGGAUGCCUGCGUGGAAUGCUCGAAGUUGGAGAAGGCUGAGGCAUGGAUGGAGCAGAUGAAGAAGGACGGCAUGUCCGACGUCGUCAGCUACAACACCCUCAUCAAAGCCCACCUCCAGGCCGGGCAUAUGGGAAAGGCCCGAGCACUGGUUGAAGAGAUGAGGGUUGCGCAGCUGCAGCCGAACUGCAUCACUUUCAACGAAAUUGUCAAUGCCACCGUUUCCAGCCCUGACCGGAGGGUGCGGGCUGAGGUGUGGAAGGUCAUCCAGGAGAUGCAGGCUGCCGGUGUGAAGCCCAAUCAGGUCACUUGCUCGAUUCUGCUGAAGAACCUCAACGGCUCCUCGCCGGAGUCCGACAUCAACCACACGAUGCAGCUGAUCAAUGACAUGGAGGAGCAGCUCGACGAGGUCCUGCUCUCCUCGGUGGUGGAGGCCUGCGUGCGCAUCGGGAAGCCGGACCUCCUUAACACCAAGUUGAGGCAGCUCAUGUCCGGCGACAUCAAAGUCAAUGGCUCCCACACCUUCGGCAGCCUGAUCAAGGCUUACGGGCACGCCAGAGACAUGAAGUCGGUCUGGCGCUGCUGGAAGGAGAUGCGGACGCGCCACAUCAAGCCCACCAGCAUCACCGUCGGCUGCAUGAUCGAGGCGGUGGUGUCGAACGGGGACCCAGAUGGAGCGUGGCAUCUCAUCCAAGAGCUGGGUGAGGAUCCCCAUUGCAAGGGCAUUCUCAACGCCGUGAUCUACUGCUCCGUGUUGAAGGGCUUCACCCGUGAGAAGAACGCCGGGAAAGUCUGGUCCGUCUACGAGGAAAUGCAGAAGCGCAAUAUUGAUCUAUCGAUUGUCACCUACAACACGCUUCUUGACUGCUGCGCCCGCUGCUGUCGCAUGGACGGCGUGCCGGACAUUCUGGCUGACAUGAAAAAGGCCAACAUCAAGCCGAACAUCAUCACUUACAGCACCAUGCUGAAAGGUCAUUGCCAAGUCGGCGACCUCUCCGCAGCCUUUAAGCUUGUCAAGGAGAUGAGAGAAGAGGCUGGAUUGGUGCCGGACGAGAUCAUGUACAACUCGCUCCUGGACGGCUGCGCCCAGAGCAGUCUGGUAGACGAGGGCUUGCGGGUGCUGAGGGAGAUGGAGGAAGCCGGCGUGAAACCGAGCAACUUCACUCUUUCCGUCCUGGUCAAGCUGAUGAGCCGUGCCCGUCGUGUGGACCAAGCUUUUGACCUCGUCAAGGAGUUGUCGGGCAAGUACCAUCUCAGCCCAAACUCCCACGUCUAUGCCAAUCUCGUCCAGGCAUGCUGCUUCAGCAAGCAGCUGCAGAGGGGCAUCAAGACUCUGGAAGAGAUGAUGGAGCGCAAGGUCCAGCCGGACAAGAGGACUUACUCCAUGCUGUUCCGAACAGCUGUGCAGCAGUGCCAAUUCGACAAGGUCGACGGCUUGAUGCGCGGUGCACUGGGCCUUUCCGGGGCUCUGCCCUUCCUCUCAAACCGUUCGCUGGCCACCUGCCCAGGCAUCGAAGAAGUGGCCGUCUCCGAGACCCUGUCGUCCAUGGCGAGCUCUCCCGAAGGGAACAAGGUAGCCGCUGGACUGCUAGUGGACCUCCGGAAGGAGAAGCCCAGUGUGCGGGUGGACCCCACCGUGCAGCGCUGCGUCCUGCAAGGUGGACAGCCCCCACAAUCGUGGACGCAGGAGCGUAGAUCCUCCAAGGGGAAAGGUCGGGCCCUCGUCUUUGCUCCGUAG